AUGUCAGAGCCAGAAGGGGCAGAUGACCCCUUCGACGAUGCAAACCAGUUGGAGGUAGAGGAGCAACAAGAACAUGAUGGACAGGCAGCAGAGGAAGGAGCAAGCCGUGGCCGGGGCCGGGGCCGGGGCAGAGCAAAGGGCAAAGCAGCACCAAAGAGGGGGGGGCGAGACAAGGACAAGAAUAAGAAGUGUUUCAAGGCCACAUGUCAGGAGAAGGCCAAGGCCCAUUCGAAGUGGUGUGUGAAGCAUUCUAAAGACACGGAGGCAAUGAAGUACCAAGCCAAGUCCCAACAGGACAACGGUAAAACUUUGCAAAUGUUGGAGACUGCUUUGGGUGAUCCAAACAAAGCCGAUCUUGCCUUGGAUGAGUUCGACCGGCACAACCCUCAGGGACGUUUUCGCAAGAACCUGAUCGACUGGAGCGCGUUCGAGCGGAAGUUCGGCAGGCGAUCGGAGGUUCGCAAUCGGUGCGCGGAGGAGCUCAUGGAUGUGACCGACUAUGUAAAGCACAAGAAAGAUCGCGGGGUAAGUGAAGACAAAGCCUUGUUGGAUUGGAAAGAGCUUCUUGAGACUGAUGUCGAUCGUGAGGGAGAGGGCACCGAUGUGAAGGUGUGGGUCGCCGUGAACAAGAAGCGCUUCAGGGAUGAUAUUUCAUACCGUGACCACUCUCUCAACGAAGGGUCCAAGCAGACCAAGGGCAUGAACAGUACUGACAGGCACAUGCCGAUUUGCUGUGUGUGUCCGAGGGUGGAGAUCGCCAUCGCGGCCCCGAAAGCUCUUGAGAAGAAUGAGAAGAUCCUGAUAACUUGCCAGAAGGGUGUGACAGAUGCUCGCAAAGCCUUGGUUGAUGCAUUGAAGCUUGCAGGGGAGGAUCAGAGUGCAGACCAAUUGCAGAAGGCCUAUGAGAGCAAUUGUGUUGUGCGCUUGCAGAUGUUAGACAUCUGGGCAGCUCCUUCGCUCGCCCAGAUCCCGAAGCAGAGGCCGCUGCCGUCCCAAGCGAUGUUUGCUCCUGGGGCAGAUCAGACAACAGCUCCUGGAACUCCGCAGCCCCAAGAAGCAGCAAAGCAGCAACCAGAUGCAGUCGGUGUGGCCACGGAAGACACAAGUCCGGAAGCUGUUUUGCAAAAGGCUGCUGAGGCUUUCAGGUCUGCAACUCCUGCAAAGACCGAUGCCAAAGAUGAAAAGGCCCAAGGUGGCGGCGAUGCGGCCACACCCACGCCCAAGGCCCCCAAGGACAAGGAUGCUGUCAACAACGAGGGCAACGAUCAGAAGUCUGAGGCUCCAUCUCAGUCGACUCCUGGUGGCACCGCGGCCAAGCUCAGUAGCUAUUUGCGGAAGGAGAUUGGGAAUGCAGGGAGCAAGGCUCAGCAUGUGGACCCGCUUGGCAACCUCAUGGCUAUGGCUCACAUGGAGGAGCUGUUGCAGAGCUUCAUGGCUUGCGAUUCCAUUGAUGCAUUGAACAAGGCAGUGAGUGAUCUCAAAAAUGCAGCUGUUGUUGUGAGACAGCUGAAGGAAGGGGCCACAAAAGCAGCUGCCAGCCUGAGGGGCCAUAUCCUCAACCGGCAAAGGGCCCAGCAGCGCAAGAAGCAGCAAGAAUCCAAGCAAGUCGAAAACCAGGAGGUCUUGAAGAAGAAGAAGGAAGCAAAGACUGCUGCCGAGGAGAUUAAGAAGCAAGAGGCGACCGCACCGCCUCUGUUUCAGCACAACUGGACCGACUUGCAGGGAUCAGAUGGGGCCCAGCUCGCCACGAUGAUCCAGAAAAACACCGGCCCCGCGAACAAGUCCAUCAAUUCGUUCGAUGCCCCGUGCCUCAUUUGCAACUGCAGCUUCCUUGCGGACUUCCAGAAGAACUCCAAGGUGAUGCUGAUGUUGGGCGGCUUCGGUGGGUCUUACAAGAAGAACACCACCCUCAAGACCGUCGGAAAAUGUCAAGAGAUGGUCUACAAAAACUCCGGACUCGAGGAGUGCAUGGAGCUCUGGACCAAGACGGAGGCUUUGUUCCACCAUGAUUUCGUUGCAUGCAGCGAUAAAAUGGAGAAGUACCUCACUGCAGUGCUGAAGGCCAGUUGGCUCUUCGGCUAUGACAGUCAGGGCACGUUUGUGGGAACAAUGCCGAAUGGAUUGGCCAGCCUGCGCAUGCUUUGCUCCGGCGAGGUUCUCCUUGUGAUGUUCGAGUUGCGCCAAUUGCUUCCGGCCAUGAAGAUUCUCCUGGGCAAGGAUGAUGUUGGUGGCAUGGAAGGGGUGAACACCUUCCUGAAGAACCUCUCCGUGGAGGAGAUUGCCAAGUUGAAGAACAAUGGAUGCCACGCCUCUUACAUCGUGCACCAGGAAGGCCAGAUCGUCUACAUUCCCGUUGGCUAUGUUGUGGCUGAGAAGUGUAUGAAAGGCGUUCUUGUGUAUGGCUUGAGAAAGACUGUGAUGCCUGCAACAGCCAUGGCAUCUGAGAACUAUUCGCUUCUCACCGGCCUCUUCGAGGAGAGUAAGAAGCCGGUUGAUAAGAUGAAGGCUACCUUGCCUUAUCUCAAUCCGGAUGCAGACUAA